UAGCUAGUCUCAAACUUUGUGUUGUGUGGCAUUGUCAGGCCUUCACUCUCAGAUGGGUCAUAGCCUCCCCAAUUGUCCAUGAAUCACAGUCCUACUUCUCAGUUCUCACCCCUUUUAUAGGUCCCACUCCAUCCCCUUCUUCCUCAUCAACCCCCCACAUAUCUGACUACUCCUCCUCUCCCUUCCCAUUCUCUCCAAUUCUCUCCUUCAUUUCCUCACUCGUCACUCCUUUUUUCUUAUUGCACCGCCCCUCCCCCCACAAAAGAACAGAGAAAAAAAAAAAAAAAAAAAAAAAACAGUGCUAGCUACUGCUAGCUUUACUCAUCUCUAAUUUCAUGGAGAAGAUUGAGAGGGAAACCCAAGACUUCAUGAACGUGGAAUCCUUCUCUCAGCUGCCCUUUAUCCGGCCAGCUCCUCCGGUCAACAAAGAAAAGGGCAUUAGGCUCUUUGGCAUCGAAUUCGGGGCCGGCGUCGACACCAACCACGAGUCGGAAUCGGUCGACAACAAUGUGAGUGAGAACGGGAAAGAAGAUGAGGGCAACAAGCACACCAACACCAACAACACAAACAUAAGCAACAGCAACAGCGAAAAUGGCAGCGAGAGCAGCCGCAGAUUCGAGUGCCAUUACUGCUGCAGAAACUUCCCGACCAGCCAAGCCCUCGGCGGCCACCAAAACGCACACAAAAGAGAGCGGCAGCACGCCAAACGCGAGCAUCUCCAGUCGGCUAUGGUGCAUGGAGGGCUGGUCUCCCACGACGCUGCACACGUGUACGGCUUGAUGAAUUACAGCCGCCUUGGCUCUGCUCAUCAUCACCAUCAUCAUCCCACCUAUCCGUCCUGGAACACUAACUACAGUUCUAGUACUACUACUACCAGUCCUAGGUUCUACGGAAGCCCCGGUGGAUCAUACGGCACUCAAUCUGCUCCCAUAAACGGGAGUCCUUUGGGCUUGUGGCGGAUCCCAUCUGCUAACCCUAGUUUCAAUCGUGACCGUUCGUUGAUGAACCCGCUGGUGACGCCGUUGUUCGCCGGAGAAGAACUGAAGCCGGUUGUUGUAGGUGGGUCUGGUAAUUCUCAAAGCCGGUACAUGUAUGAAUCGAGUGUGCAGCAAGACCAUGUGAGUCUGGAUCUUCAUCUGUAAUAAUUAAAUAUUCAAUCCAUCCAUCUUAGGGACAAAGGAUUUGAGAUUUCUCUCAUCAUGUUGAGAAUUAAUUUAAUUAUAUAUAUAUAUAUAUCUUAAUCUUCUGGAAGUAAUGCAGACGAUGAGGCCAUCAACCGUUAGGAAAUCUUGGUAAUUAAUCAAAUAUAAUCUUUUGGUAUUAUGAUUCAUCAGUAUGUAUAUGUUGAAAUUCAUUGAUCUGUUUAAAUUUUUACCAACAUGCGAUGGUGUAUAUGUAAUUCCAGUCAUCUUCAUGGUUCCUUGUUAUUACCUGCAACUCUGCAAGUUUGAAUCCAAAUUACAAUCGUUUCUAGCUUUCAUUAAUAAGCAGCACUGAAUUAAACUUAACCGACUACGUUAGGAAUUUUGGGCAUUCGAUGAAAUAUUGAUUUAUUUAUGUGCAAAAUUAAGUGCCUUUUUUUUUAUGGUGAUCGAAGUUUUCUUUUCGGUUUCAUGAUGUUUUGAAAGAACAAAAGAAAAAAUAGAAGCAGCAAAGUAUGGUGUUCACACAGCAAUAUGUCUUCACUUCUAGUCUGUUCUAAUCUGGUUUUACACACGUGUGGGGAAUAUAUGGUAUCAGUUAGGGACUUAGGGGUGCAUGAACUUUCGAAGAUACACACGUGUGCAUACAUCCAUAGUUUUUGUCUAGACAGGUGGGGUGUUGAGAGAGGUGCAAUUUGAUUCAGUGCAACUCUUCAUCACAGAUGAUAAGGUCUGAUGACUACUGUCUUCUGCUAGCCAGCUUCUGCCUCAUCAUAAUGCCAGAAAGAAAAUGAUAUGUCCAUAGAAUUAGUUUAUUUUUUCCUCACUUAUUUUCAGUGCAAUUGUGAGAGAGAGAAGGUUCUAUCUCUAUGUAUGUGAGCCUAUCAAACUUUUAAGCCAUGUCUUGUUUCUACUUAAUGCAUAAUUGAGGCAGAACAGAAGUUUUACU